AUGCGGUCUCAGAUCCUAGAAACCAUUGCUGCUCUAGAUGCAGUUAAACCCGAGGCAUAUAGCGGCAGCGAAGUGGAACGCUUACAAGUGCGCGCUGCAGCACGGCGACUGCUUGCCCGAGUGGAAACACCCUAUGAGCGCGCCUGGGGCUUCUGCUUUGAACACCCUGUUGUCUUUGCCGCUCUGCAAACAUGCAUUAACGUGGGUCUUUGGAAGUCCUGGACAAACGCUGGAGGGGGUGAGAAGUCGAUCCACAGCUUGGUAGAGCUCACCACCCCCACCGUUGAUACAAACCUGCUGCGGCGGCUCUUCCGGUUGCUAGCAGCCUUCAACGUAGUGGAGGAAACCGCAGAAGACACAUUCAAACCGACUGCGUUCUCAUACGCUAUCGGUGAUGAGAGCACCAAGGUUCGUGCCUCGCUUCAAGCAGCAACACAUCAAUAUAUUGCGGCCGGCCAUAACUUGCCGGCCUAUCUGGCCAAGAUCUCUUAUAAGGAGCCUACGGACGUUGAUCUGAAUAAUUACACGGACAUUGAUCCGGACGGUCUCACCUUUUUUGGGCGAUUGCAGAAAAGCCCCGCGUAUUUCGAAGCCUUCACUGGCCAUAUGGAGGCCUGGACAGCAUGGAAGACCCCAUGGACUAAGGUUUACGACACCACCACCCUGCUCGAAGGUGCCAAGCUGGAUGAUGGCUCUCCAUUCGUGGUUGAUCUUGGUGGAAACACUGGGACGGACAUUUCCCACGUUCUUGCCAAGCAUCCAGAUAUCCCUGCUGGAUCGCUCGUUUUGCAAGAUCUUCCCGAGGUGAUUGCCAAUGUUCGGCUCGAUGAGAAGAUCACAGCUAUGGCUCAUGACUUUUUCUUACCGCAGCCUGUGACAGGGAGCCGUGCUUACUUUCUGCACGCCGUUCUCCAUGACUGGCCGGACGAGAAAGCGAAGCAACUGCUCGUGAACACCAGAAACGCAAUGGUAAAGGGCUACUCCAAGCUCCUCAUCUACGACAUCGUUCUUCCGCCGAUAGGAGCAAGCCUCAGCCAAACCACAAUGGACGUGGAGAUGAUGUCGUUGCUGUCAGCUUCCGAGCGGACGCAAGGCGCGUGGGAGAAGCUGUUGGCCAAUGCUGGCUUCAAAAUUAUCAACUUUUGGCCUGAUCCUCAGGAGUAUGAGAUGAUUGUCGAAGCCGAGGUCGCAUAA